UGAAAGACAACUUGAAGAAUUAUAUGCUUCAAUAUUCGGAUAUCCCCCAUACCAGUUACAGUUGAUAAUGAUGCAUCAGUAAUUUUACCUUUAAGAGUGCCAUCGCACGGGGUCUAGGAUAUAAACAAACCACUAUUAUCAGUCAUUUGGUUAGAUGCACCAAAAUCUGUUAUCCAAGACCUGCUUGUACAUAGGCUUUGAAUUGCAUUCAAAGCAUGCAAAAAAUUACCUUUUUGUACCAGUGUGACAGUAGGUUGAGUGCGUGAUGGCUAACUAGAAGAUUACAGGUUGCUAAGCAUCUCCAUUAGCUUAGAGAGCUGGUCAUUGGAUGCAGCAGAGGAUGUGGUAGGUUUUUCUUCAUUCCGUUCUGUUCCAACCAUGUAGCCACGUCCUUUGCCUCCUUUUGGUUUCCAAUUUGCAGGUUUUGUCAUGUAUAUCCCAACAUGUCUCCUUUGUAUGGCUACUCUUCUUGCAAUGCUCAUAGAUGGGUUUGGUUCUGGGACCUUUAUUGUUUGCACUGUUGCGAGAAAUUAGAGCAGAGGAUUCAUGAUUGUUGCUUGCCGCAAUAGGGGUUGGUAUCAUGACUCUACAGCAUGAAUCGUCCCUCCUUACUUCUGCAAAUGCCUCCUGGACAGUAGGCAAAGGAACACGACUCAAGAGGCAUCCUUUAAAGGCAUCAAGCUCUAGAUUAACACUUGCAAGAAAUUCAAAGAGGUGUUCUUUUCUACUUUCUUCUUGUACAGUGCGGCAUCUUCAGAGCAUUUCCAUGUACCUUCAUUAUGGAGAUCACAGAGUUGACAUGGUUAAAUACUAAUCAUUUAAGUGGGAAGGAACAUGAAGCUCAAUUUAAUGGCUAGCAUCAUUGCGUUAAUGAGCCAAGAGGAGACCAUCGAAUUUUUAGUUUUCUAGAGUCGCAUAGCUUGAGAGUUGGUGGAUGACGGAUUGGUAGUUUCGCUAGUGAGGUAGCCUAGCUUGCCUUGACCUUCAACAGUGAGCCUCACGGACUGAGCCCACUCAUGGUAAUUGUCACCAGUCAACUUCUUCAGAACAAUGAGGAUGGUAUUUCCACCAAGACCUGGUGGAUGGCGUGAAAGCGCGGAGCUCUUUGGCUCCAUAGUUGACUUGGUCGACUUUGUCUUGUUAGGAGAAAGUGACAUGAGGUUGCACAGUAAUUAUCCGAGAGAUGGGACUGGGCAAGACAUUGCAAGCUAUCUCCUUACUGAGCUAUUUAAAAGAGUACCAGUUGUCCGUUGGACCAUUUUUGGUUUUAUGUCCUCUAAGUGUAACAGAUGGUUGGGUUUCGGAGAUAGUUAAAUUUUCACCCAAACUAAAAGUAAUUAAAUAUGUUGGAGGGAAAGAAUAUAGGUGCAGCCUACGCAGGAAUAUUCAUGAAUAUGUAAAGGGACAGUUGACAACAGUCAAUGUCUUGUUACCUUUCGACGUCCUAUUAACAACUUAUGAUAUAGCACUGAUCGAUCAGGAUUUUCUUUCUCAAAUACCAUGGCAGUAUGCAAUUAUUGAUGAAGCUCAAAGACUUAAAAACCCUUCAAGUGUUUUAUAUAAUGUUCUCAAAGACCACUAUGUCAUGCCAAGACGGUUGUUGAUGACUGGUACUCCUAUUCAGAACAACCUUUCUGAACUGUGGGCGUUGAUGUAUUUUUGUAUGCCUUCUGUCUUCGGUACACUAGACCAGUUCCUUUCCACAUUCAAGGACAUCAGCGAUCCUACAUCAGUUCAAAAUGCAGUGCAGGUAAAGGAGCAACUUAAAAUACUGAAAAGUAUAUUAGGAGCUUUUAUGCUUCGACGGACCAAGUCAAAGCUUAUAGAGAGUGGAACUCUCGUGCUACCAUCUCUCACUGAGAUAACUGUUAUGGCACCCCUAGUUGGCCUGCAAAAAAAGGUCUACAUGUCAAUUUUGAGGAAGGAGCUUCCUAAGUUACUUGCCCUGUCUUCUGGAACUUCAAAUCAUCAGUCUCUGCAGAAUAUUGUGAUACAGCUAAGGAAAGCAUGUAGCCAUCCUUAUUUAUUCCCAGGUAUUGAGCCUGAGCCUUAUGAAGAGGGUGAACAUCUGGUUCAGGCCAGUGGUAAAUUGUUGAUCCUGGAUCAGCUUCUUCAGAAGUUACAUUAUUCUGGACACCGUGUCCUUCUUUUUGCUCAAAUGACCCAAACACUUGAUAUUUUGCAGGACUAUCUGGAGUUACGAAAAUAUUCCUAUGUGCGUCUUGAUGGGUCAGUUAGGGCUGAGGAGCGCUUUGCUGCAAUAAGAAGUUUCAGUGGCCCAUCAGCUAAUUCAGUUUUGAAUUCUGAAGCAGACCAAAGUGGAGCCUUUGUCUUCCUGAUCACUACAAGAGCUGGGGGGGUUGGCUUGAAUCUAGUGGCUGCUGAUACGGUCGUAUUCUAUGAGCAAGAUUGGAAUCCUCAAGUAGACAAGCAGGCAUUGCAGCGAGCCCAUCGGAUUGGCCAGAUGAACCAUGUGUUGUGCAUAAACCUUGUUACAGAAAGAACAGCGGAGGAGGUAAUUAUGCGGAGGGCAGAGAAGAAAUUGCAGCUUAGCCUCAAUGUUAUAGGUGAUAGUAUGCAGGAACAUGAAGAUGAACAAAAAUCUGGAGUUGGGACUGGGGAUUUAAAGUCCAUCAUAUUUGGCCUCCACAUGUUUGAUCCUAAUGAAAAUAAUGAUGGAGAGCUUAGGGACAUGAAUUUGUCAGAAAUUAAUGCUAUGACUGACAAGGUGAUUGCAAUGCGUGAUGUACAUAUAUCUGACAAGGAUGACAGAAAAUUUGAGAUCAACCCUAGAAAUCUUAUAGAAUCAUAUGAUUCUAAGGAAGGAGCUUCUACUUCUUUUAACUCUGAUCCUAGUCUUGAUGAGGCUUCUUAUCUUUCCUGGGUUAAAAAAUUUGAGGAACUGUCAAAACCAAGCACUGACUCAAUCAUGGAGAUGAGGAAUAGAGGAAUCUCAGAUGAGGAAAAGCAUCUAAAACUUGAGGCUGCAAAGAAGAAAGCGGAAGAAAAGAAGCUGGCUAAGUGGGAAGCUCUUGGAUACCAUUCAUUGAAUGUGAAUGACCCUGUCAUCCCUCCGGAUGGUGGUAAUCUAUCGGAUGCUGGAUCUGUUCAUUUUGUGUAUGGAGAUUGUACAGAUCCAUUGAACGUUUGUCCAUCUGAACCUGCCAUAAUAUUCAGCUGUGUUGAUACCUCUGGAAACUGGGGUCGUGGAGGAAUGUUUAAUGCACUGAACAAGCUGUCUUUGAGCAUUGGUGAUGCCUAUGAACGGGCUUCUGCACAUGGGGACUUGCAUCUUGGGGAUCUGCAUCUUCUAAAGCUUGAAGAUGACUGUGAUGAACAAAAUAUGGGCAGAAGAACUCCCAUUUGGGUUGCUUUAGCUGUGGUUCAGUCCUAUAAUCGGAGGCGUAAAGUUCCUCGGAGUGCGAUCUCACUUCCCCACUUGGAAAUUUGCUUAUCAAAAGCAGCAUUUUCAGCCAAGCAAAAUUCUGCAUCAAUACACAUGCCCCGGAUAGGUUAUCAAGGUGGAUCAGAUCGUUCUGAGUGGUACACCAUCGAGCGUCUUCUGCGAAAAUAUGCUUCCAUUUAUGGCAUCAGUAUAUAUGUAUACUAUUAUCGUCGACAAUCUCAGUAAAGCUUAAGAUUGAUUCAAGCAUCAGGGAGGAUAGUUCUUGGGAAUCAUCCUCUGCCUCCUAUAAUGUGUAUAUUCUUCUGGCUUUCUUAGUAACUGAAUUUUCUCAGGAUCACAGAAUGUCCUCAGUAAGUCAGGAUUAAGCUUACCUUUUUUAUUUCGUCCAGUGCGUGAUCUCCCCCCCCCCC